AUCUGACACUACGUAUAUAUAGGGACCCGUGUCAUACCGAAAGCAUAUUCAUCGAUCACUUCCAAUUUGAAGCAGUUGAAGCAUGAAGGUACUAGCAAUCUUUAUUGUAGCCCUUGUGGCUGCAGCAUGGGCUGAAGAGGAAGCCAAAAAGACCGAAGAAGUUGUUGAAGUAGCCGAAUCUAGAUACUACGACGAUUACGAUGGAUACGGAAGUUACGGAAGAGGUUACGGACACCGUGCCCGAUACGGACGUGGUUACGAUGACUACGGCUAUGGAAAAUACGGAGAUUCCGGACGUUACGGAGACCGUGGAUACGGUGCCUACGGCGGACACAAAUAUGGCCUCUACAAAGGACACGACCGUUACGGAGGACACAGCGGUGCCCACGAUCGUUACAGGGAUAUAGAUGCCUACGGUCGUAACAAGGGAGCCGGUUACGAAAGAGCCUACGCUUACGACAAGCAAGCAGCUUACAGGGAUCACGCUGGAGACCGUGGCCAUUACGGUGGUUACUACGGAGAUCACGGAAGACUCGGACACCACAGCCGUGGCCAUUACGGAAAAUUCGGACACGACCGUUAUGGUGGUUACGACAAAUACGGUAGCUCCGGUUACGGCAGACGUGGUUACGAUCACGGAGAUUAUGGCAAACACGGAUACGACUAUGGCAACCACGGUUACGGAUACCGCCCACACGGUUAUUAUGGUACUCGUUAUGGUGGUUAUUACGGACCUAAGGACUACUACUAAACAAUAAAAAAGGUCAUCUUCCCAUACAGCGUCAUCUGCUUCUUGAUGUUGUAAAUUAAUUUAUUCAAAAUAAAUUAUU